UGGGGACGCUUGGGCAAUCGGAUAUUUCAAGUGGCGGGUCUGCUCGGUAUAGCUCGAGAUAAAGAAAUGAGACCUUUCUUGGAAACAGACAAUGAACUGUUGACACUAUUCCAACUUCCGGAUGUUGAACUGCAGGCCCCUGGAGAGUGUGAUCAGUAUCGCUUCCAUCGCGAACGCAGGGUCAGAGCGUGCGAUCCUGAAACAUACAACUUCAGUAACAAAAGAAACAUGCGCAUUGGAGAAUAUUUCCAAUCCUGGAAAUACUUUCGUAACAUCACGUCGUUUAUCCGACGCCAAUAUCAACUAAGGCCAACAAUUAAGCAUGAAGCCAGCAUUGUAUUAAUGCGAACAUUUUUGUUACAAAAGUUUUCACUAGAGAGACUUUGGGCGAGUACUCUGGUAGCUGUCCAUGUCCGACGAACAGAUAUGGUGGGCUCAGAUGCCAACACAGCUCCCCCAUCUUAUCUGGAGAAUGCCACUAAGUAUUUCCGUGGACAGUUCAAAAAUGUGUUGUUUGUAGCGGCAUCUGAUGACAUAACGUGGACAAUGAAGUACCUGCCGCACAACGACACAGUGUUUCUACAGGGUAACCGAGCAGAGCUAGACUUUGCCAUCUUGUCAAUGUGUGAUCAUACCAUUAUGACCAUUGGUACUUACGGUUGGUGGAUCGCCUGGCUUGUUGGUGGCAACACAACCUACUAUGGGAAUCCACAUGUUAUAGGCUCUGCCCUAGAUUUCCAUACGGUGCUAGACGACUAUAUUCCGCCAGGCUGGAUUGGUUUGGCGUAA